CUACAUUCUCUGCCUUGACGAUCCGCGACAGCAAGACAAUCUCUUUUUUCCUUCUUCACGUCUAUACAGCACCCUCCGACACUGCUUGCUCGGGUUGCCUGAUAUACAUAUUACCUUGACUUCUGCUGCUGCUGCUGGACAGCAUAUCCUCUGUUUAUACUACCUCCUCGGCUUUCGACAAAUAUUUGAGCAAAAUGUUCAACUUCAAUUCAAGCUCGGGCUUUCAGGGUUCGGGGUACAUCUUCCUCAAUGUCGUCCGAGCCCUCAACAUCAUCAUCUUGCAGGCCGUGGCCGCCGCAUGCAUCCUCAUGAUGGCCUUCGCCAAGAUGCCCAACGGCUACACCUUCUUUGCCGACGUCUCGCUCUUCUUUGUCGUCUGCGUCUGCUUCCUCCUCACCUGGUCGGAGCUGCCCAUUAAGGCUGGCAAGUCCUGGAUUGCCGACCACUUUCCCGUCAUCAGCGAGGGCUUUGGCUUCACCUGGUUCGGCGUCACAAUGUUCGUCAUGGGCUGCCACACGCUUGGUGCUCUCAGUCACGAGCCUUUCACCCCAGCAACCGUGGGGCUGCCCAUCUGGCAGGUCAUCCUUGCCGCUGGAGUUCUCUCCUUGUUUGCUGGCGUCCUCAACAUUGUGUCUUCGCUUGUCUUCAAGAACAAAGAAGCCGGUGUAACCGCGAGGGAGGUCCGGAACUAUGGCGCGACUACAGCCGAGAGUGUCGCUUGGGCGUCGGAGCACAACAGUCAGCGAAGCAACUCAAUUCACAAGGAGAAGCCUGCAGCUCAGCCCAGCCGCCUCAACAGACUCACGGGAGUCUUUACGAAGAAGAAGAUUGAGAUCAGCGGUCCCAUCGGGCCAGUCCAGCACGACGGUGCAGGUGCGCACGGCGACACCUAUCCCGUCAACGAGAGGGGCAGCCCAAUCGUUCCUGGACUCGACCGCCCACCCACUGCACUUCACCCUCUCUACCAUGCAGGCCGUCGCUCCAGCCACUACAGCGAAGUCAGCCACCUUGACCGCUAUGGCGACAAGAUGAUUUAAUAUGACUACGAAACAUCUUUUGUAUGGCGCAACUUUUCCUAUAUAUCACCACCUCAUAGCAAAUCGGCGUUGGUUAUUUGGAAAAGCAGUCCGUCGUUGUAUAUACCCAGGGUUAUAAGUGGACUGAGGCAG